AUGGCACCCACAGAACACAGUAAAACCGUAGACUUUGGGAUGAAGUUAGCAUUGCUGAUGUCGGCUCCCUGCAUCGGUGAUGUGCCUACACUGGAUAAACUCACCGAUCUCAAGCUUAAUCACUUAAUUGUCGAAGAAGAAGAACCAGCUGAUGCUGAGCAGCCUCUCAGUUAUAUGUUAUCAUGGAUUUUUAGGACAUUCACCCUUGAAGUCCCAGACAUCACAGAGCUCCAGGUUCCAUUACAUAAAAUUCAUUAUCGUGACUCCAGACUACACGAUAAAUUUGCUCACCUCGAUGAACAGUCCAUGGUUCCCUUGUAUGACGACAUCAACUAUAGAUGGAACUGGGCCCUUCCAAAGUCGCACCGUGAAUCGGGCAUUGAUCAACUACCCGAUCUUGAAGAGGAUGGAGACGGAGAAGAGAAUAGCGGGGGAAACUUGGAGUUUGGGAGUGGUGGGGAGAGCCCAUCAACUCAAGAGCACCCUCCGGGGGUCAGCACUACUGGCAAUGACAGCCUCAAACCACACACAUUGGAAGAUAUCUUCUCAGCGUCCUUUAACAUCACAUGUGCUGCUGUUGCCCAGAAGAAGCGAACAGAAGUUAUGGCGGCAAAUAGCGGAGCAGUCGUUCACAUUUGGAGUGCACACAACUCCAUGUGCCCCAUGAAGGAUCAAGAAGUCUCAUGGAAGCCUGACCUUGCGUUGUUGGAUGAUGUGGAGGCUCGCUGGGAUACCAUUAAGGCAGUUUGUGAGUUGACGUCGCAACUCUACACACCCACAGGCACGAUUGGAAAGAUGAUUGACAACAAGGCUAACCUUCUCCUGAGACACCAACCUUGGAGGCAUUUUGUCUAG